GGCAACUUCAGCGGCGGUGAGGAGUUCGUUGUUUAUUCCCCCGCUCACAGAGGAUUAAAUCACCGAGUCUUUCAGAAAAUGUCGGCGUUUGAUGACAACCCCUUCGCCGAGUCAGCUGGCGUCAACCCCUUCAAUGACCCAGCUGUCACACAGGUGACAAACUCCAGCGUCGAAUCCGUUGACCAGUACAACCCUUUCCCUGCCACGAGCCUGGCUAGUCAGACCACUCCAGCCUCCACAUCCCCCUACCAACCGGCGGUGCUACAGCCAUCCUCAGAGCCCAGUCCACAGGCGACCGCCGCUUCAGCACAGGCCAUCCUGCUGAGGCAGCAGGAGGAGCUGGAUAGGAAAGCUACCGAGCUGGACCGCAGAGAGCAGGAGCUCCAGAACCAAGGCUCCUCAGGUAAACAAAAUAACUGGCCUCCGCUCCCCAAGAGUUUCCCCAUCAAGCCGUGUUUCUAUCAGGACUUCUCAGAGGAGAUUCCCAAUGAGUACCAGAGGGUUUGCAAGAUGAUGUACUACCUCUGGAUGUUCAACUGCGUGACGCUUUUCCUCAACAUGCUGGCAUGUCUGGCCUACUUCACCACGUCGUCUUCCUACGGUGUUGACUUUGGCCUCUCCAUCCUCUGGCUCAUCCUUUUCGCUCCCUGCUCCUUUCUCUGCUGGUACCGGCCCGUCUACAAUGCCUUCAAGACUGACAGCUCCUUCAGCUUCUUCUUCUUCUUCUUUGUCUUCUUCUGCCAAGUGGCCAUCUUCAUCAUUCAGUCGGUGGGCAUCCCCAAGUGGGGCAACAGUGGUUGGAUCGCCGCCUUCUCGGUCAUCAGCUCAUCCAAAGCAGUGGGCGCCAUCAUGAUCAUUGUGGCCAUCCUCUUCACAAUCUGCGCCGUCAUGUCUGUCGUCCUCCUUAAGAUGGUUCACGGCAUGUACCGCCGGACUGGGGCCAGCUUCCACAAGGCCCAGCAGGAAUUCUCGCAGGGCAUCUUCACCAACAAAACCUUCCAAAGUGCCGCCGCCAGCACAGCGUCCUCCGCAGCGCAGGGAACUUUCCAGACAAACAACUAGCUGGCGCUAAGCUAACUGUUCAGGGUUGAGGUCUUCAUGUUAUUAGGUUGGGCGUUGAGUUAAGCGGGCAACCUUAUAAUGUGUCGACCUUGAGCAAGGUGAGGCUGCACUCAUACAGACACCCACCAUCAUGCCCACUGAUGACAUCAUCUGGAUGGGCGAGAACCACACCAGGUGCAUUGUGGGUGAAAUGUGGAGAGACGUUGACUGAUGGCUCAUUUCACUUUGUCUUGGCUGUGUAUAUUUUGUGUGCACUUUUUGGCAACGCUCAUUAAUGUAAAGUGUGUGUGAUGUUUUUUUUUCUGCAUGUGAGAUUCUUUACAACCGUUAUAAUAGUUUUUAUUUUGUGUGUGUCAAUGUUUGGCAAUUUAACAUUUAGCUUUUUUUGAAACUUUGCAAAAGUACUCUUUAUUGCGGCACGCAUACAAGUGCUAUGAGGAAAAAAUAUUACGAAAUAGAUCCAUUCCAAUAACGCAUUCCACAAAUAGUGUCCCCUCUGCAUCAUCCACUUGAAAAAAAAAUAUAUAUAUACCGUGGAUAUGAAAAGUCUACACACCUCUGUUCAAAUUGCAGGUUUUUGUGAUAUAAAGAGAGAGACAAAGAUAAAUCAUUUCAAAAAAUUUUCCUCUUUGAAUGAGAACUCAAUUGAAAAAAACAUUAUUUUCGAGAGAGGAAUUAAAAAUAAACUUCUGAGAUAAUGUGGUUGCACAAGUGUGCACACAAUCUUGGGGCAUGGCUGUGUUACGAUUUAACCAAUCAUAUUCAAACUCAUGUUAAAUGAGGGUCAGCACACACCUGCCACCAUUUAAACAGGCUCUGGUUAAACCCAAAUCCAUUUCAGCUGUUUGAGUAGGCUUUUCCUGACAUUUAUUUGGGGGCAGGUGUGUGCUGACUCCCAUUUAACUCCUAAGUCGUGCCUAUGACCGAAUCACAGCCUUGAUGAUAUAGAGUGCAACAUUACUCACUCUCGUGUGAUAAUGCUUAAAUGUACUGCUGUUUAAUAUUGUUCCAAAGAUGUGUUUGGCCCAGGAGACACCUUCCCCCAUCUGCAGUUGAGUAAAUAAAUACCUCCGCCCACUUUUUGCAGAAAUACGGUAUUAUAAAAUUCAGAUUUAAUUUUUGUUCUGAGACAAAAAGAUGUAUUUGAGUAAAUGAUCUCAAGCUUUGAAUAUAUUGAUGAAAUCAGUUUUUUAAAAAUGCAAUGCAGAUCAUUCAUUGAGCAGCAUGCAAGAUAAGUUUCCUCAGGGUAUUUAUUUCAGUGUUGCAUCAAUUAAGAAAUGAUAAAAUCUGAAUCUUCCUUUUGUUAUUAGGUUAGACUUUGAUACCUUUGGGUUUAAAAUGUAAAAGUGUAUUUUAAAAGCCCUGGUAGAAAUUGGCAAAAUCAUAAGUUUAAUGAAACAAUGCUUUUGCAUGCAUUCAAACUUCAAACCUGAUGUCACUCGGGAAAUGAAGAUUUUGUCAUUUGCGCUGUUUAAUUCAAAUUCUACAAACAAAACGAUUUGUGUAAGGAUGUAAAUUUCAGUGCGUUUUCAAAUGUUUGUUACGGGAUGUAUCACCUCUGUGAUCGUAGAUGAAUCAGAAUUACGUUUUUGCAGCAGAUGACAGUUUAUAAUUAAUUUAACAUUUGGUUCAGCAUCCAAAUGGUUAUACAAUAUGUCUUUUGUUUCUUUUCUCAAUUCAUAUUGUGUUUGCAGAAGUCAGUGCCUUUGGUAUGAAAAGAUUGAAUGUAGCAUCUAAAAAUAAAAUGCUUUGCUUUCAA